AUGGCUGGUCAGCCACAAUUUUUAAUCGAUAAUUUAUCAGUUCUAUCGAAAGAAAUUGUAUGCGAAUCCACAAUAUCUCCAACAGAUUAUGAUCCAAGUCAAGUAAAGAUUACCAUUAUUGCCACCGUGUGUAUUGUAAUAAGCUUGAUUUCUAUCCCAUGCAAUCUAUUUAAUAUCAUUAUUAUAUAUGUUUCACCGAUUCUUCACAACAUGAACAACAUAUUGUUGUGUAACUUAUUGUUUAUAGAUCUUAUGAACGGCUUAAUCGUUCUUCCGCUGAUAACUGUAGUAUCGCUGAAUAGAAAUCAUGACUACAACUUAUGCCAAUUGCAAGGAAUCAUUCUACAUUUAAAUUAUUCGGCAUCUUUAACGGCUUCAUUGGCUAUAACCGUAGAUCGCUGUUUUGCAGUGGUCAAUCCAUACCGCUAUAAAUCCUACAUUAAUAAGAAGCGAUGUUUUUUAAUAGCCAUAUGCACCUGGACUGUCCCUACCAUUCUUGCAUUUCUACCGGUAUUGGGUUUACAUAAGUACGGUUUGGGAAAAUAUUUCGCGCCGAUUUUCUGUGGAACUUCAUUUGACCAAUUUGAUAAUAACCACGUCUUGCAAGCCAUAUUAAACAUCUUUAUUGUUGUAAUCACAAUUAGUAUUAUAACUUGUUACACCGUUAUAUUUAUUAUUGCGUAUGAAAAAUCGGCACAAGAUAUUUUGGGAAGCAGCAACAUAAAAAAGUCGAUUCGAACUACAUCUUUAAUUGUUGGCACUAACCUUUUAUGUUGGUUACCUUUCAUGAUUUUUAAUUUACUUGAAUAUAUCAACCGUAAUCAUGAAAUAUCCAACAAGCCAACUCCUUUCAACAUUACUUCCUUGCUACUAAUGCUUAGCAAUGCCGCUGUCAAUCCUAUCAUAUAUGCUAGUACAAACAAAUUCAUACGUAAGCGUUAUCACCAAUUUUUUUCUUCCAAAAAUGUGUUUAAUAUUCAUGAUCAGAACUUUCAAUCUUAA